AUGGCAAGCUACAAUCAAUCGAGUGGGAACGACCCAAAUAGCCACCUGAAUGGUCUGCUUGCGCGCCUGCAAGCUGGACGUAACGGGGGCAACACUAGCGACGAUGGCACUCGCGACCUUCUGUCACGCUUCUCGUCUUUUAAUUCGGGGGCUCAGUCGCAACAGAGCUACUAUGGCGGUCAUCAGUCUGAAGGUCAAGAUUCGCCGUUGGUGACAGGUUCCGACGGCUUCCCCCCUCCAGCACCUACGCCUCCAAUGAGCCACUUCUCGCACUCUCAUCAUCCCCCGGGCAUGCCCCCGGGCAUGAUGGGAGGUAUGAAUUUGGGUCCCAUUGGCACCAUGCCUCCCUCUGCUAUGAACAAAUCCGACCAGAGCGCCAGUUUACUCAACCUUCUGAAGUAUAACGGCAACGGCAACGGCAACGGCAAUAGCGGCAACAAUUCAACCCAUUCUCAUACGAAUUCUCAAUCGUCCCCGACAACUCAGCAGCAUGCGCCGUCGCUCGAUGAUACCAUGAUUCUACCCCAUGCCAACAUCCCGACCCUCCAUGCUCCGGUCCCAAUGCCCGCCGACCCCCAAGGCUUUUUAGCUUCUCUCAUGAAGGGCGAUCCCAAUCACGAGAAUUCAAGAACCGAGGUGCAAGUUCCCAAGUGGAAUGCGACCGCUCCUCCCGAGGAAACCCAGGCGUAUCUACUCAACCUGCUACAGCGCAAGAAGCCUUCCCAGAUCGAUCAGCCUUCCACCGUCGAGGCGCCUCAACCGCCGAGUCUGACUCCCCAGUCUGCUAAUGAGCCGACAACGGAUGAUCCUCAAGAUUUUCAUCUGAAGCAGGAAUGGACUGAGAAGAGCUCUCAUGAUGCCACGCCUUUGGCUUUUCAGCAGCACAAUGAGUCUCCACUUGGGAAAUUCGAGUACGCGUCCCCGUCAUCUCAGACUGGCGCUCCCGCGCAGCCAUCUAGGAACGGCAGGUUCGACUAUAACAACCCUUUCGAGGACCUUGCGGCGUCGUCCCCUCAUACCAAGGCCCCCAAGUCCUCGACGCCCGGGACUGCCGUGCCAGGUAUCCAGAUUCUGAAGAAGGCGCCUAGCAAUGCGUCGUCUCCCAGCUCGAUUGAUCGCAAGCGCCAAAGUCUCAAUGCUCACCGCAGCCCCUUGGUCAGCCCAGACAUCAACAGACGGAAGAUCGAGUCGCCUUCUCGCUUCGAGCCCGAAUACGCCCAAGACACACUGGAGGAGAACGAGACGGUCGCCGAGGCAAUCAAUGAUCUUGCCGAGACGGCCAACCGGGAAGCGCAGGAGGCGCUAGCGCGAGCUGAGGAUCAACAGGUACAAGCCAGAAUUGCUAGGGACCUGGACGACAUGAUGAAUGCGACAACUGACGCUGCUUUCCAGGAGAAGUCGGAGACUGCCGCUCGGCACAUCAAGGAAGAGCUGGACAAGGCAGAGAAUGCUGGUCUUCUUGAGGAUGCUUUAUCUCCCGAGAUAGCCCAGGCUGUCCGCGAUAUUGUUGACGAGACCGCUGGUGGCCAUGGUGCGCUGGCUGACAGCUGGGAAAGCGCUGAAGCUGACGAAAUUAUCGUCAUCGAGGAGGCCCCCGCGCCUGUGAAGGUUUACAACUUCCCUAUGAAGCCCUGGAUCUCCAUCAGUCUUCAGGACACCGACGAGACCCGCCCGCUACUCCGCGACGAGGUCAUACUUGAUAUCGCACGCAUCAAGAAGGACUUCGACCAGAUUGAUCGCAACCUAGUUGCUGCCUCGGAAAUCUACAUUGUCUAUGGCAUGUCGAAGGCCGGCGGCUUCCGCGUCAUACGCCAAGAUGAUGGACGUGACGCAAAGCUUUUCACUGACACCAAGGACCGCAUUUUCAACCUCGCCAUCUCGUCUACUCCUUCUGAUCUGAACACUACUCAGAAAGAAUCGAUCAUUGGAACUGGCAUCAGCGGCACCGUCUACUACGUUCUGAUCAAAAACGGGGACAAGGACUACCUUGAUGACGCACACCCGGAGCAAUAUGGUUUUGCCCUACCUCCCAUCAGCACGCAGGAAGGAGAUGCCCCUGGUGGAGUACUCAAAACUCGGGCCAGAACAUCGUCCACCCAUCCAGACUACUUUGCCGUGGGGCGUGGAAAAACAAUCUCCAUCAUUUGGCCCUCCUACAUCAUGAAGCACAACCUCUUCAAGCCCGGCCAUGACCGCGUUGUGGAUACCGAAAAGCUCUCCGCGAAGUGCUCACUGAGAAUCAAUACCGGUAAGGCCGGCAAGGACUUCACCUUCAGCCAAGAUGACACCAUGAUUGUGUCUUUGGACAAAUCAGGCCGCGUCAAGUUUUGGGAUGUCACAGACUUGACAGCAGUUGACGAAGGCUCUGAUUCCCGAUUCCCAAUGCCGGCGCAGACAUCUCUCGAGAUCAAGGAGCCCCUGAUGACGCUCACGACUACCCCAGAAGGGGAGAAAGCCUGGCCAACCUCGGUGUUACUGCUGGAUAAGCAACGGCCGUACCAGAAGCGUUGUGCCCUGCGCUACAUGAUUGUCGGCAUGAAGCAAAAUCAUACGCUCCAGCUAUGGGAUCUGGCACUCGGCAAGCCGGUCCAGGAGUUCAAUCUGCCCCAUUCCAAGGAGUCAGAUGCGGUUUGCAGUGUGAUGUAUCAUCCCGCAACAGGUAUGGUCGUUGUUGGACAUCCCACUCGCAAUUCCCUCUACUUCCUUCACCUGUCGGCACCCAAGUACACGAUUAAGGGUCUGUCCCAGGUCGACUACAUACAGAAGCUUGUUGCCAAGGAUUCGUCAAUUCCCGAGCCUGAUUCGACCGCGGUCAUUAGUGGUGUGCGCGAAUACUCCUUCUUCAACAAGGGAGUGAUUCGGAGCUUGGAUAUGUUGUCUAAUCCUACAAGUACUCCUGACGAUGAUGGCGAACAGACUCUGUUCGAGUUGUACGCCAUGCACUCCAAGGGUGUUGCAGGAAUUUACGUCAAGCAGGCCGAGCUGGGCUGGAACAAAGAUAAUAAGGUUGUGGUCCCUGUGGACGCUGUGGAGGCGGGCAUUGUGAAAAUCACAAAGCUUAAGGAACUUCCGAACCCUCAACAAUCCGAGCCACAAAUUCUCGAAGACACAACUUUGCCCACUCGAGGCGCUACUCGCUCCAACAAAGACGCAAACAACCAAUCUGUAACUGCUGAGGAAGGUGCAAACCGAAAAGGUACAGACGAACUAGCAACACCGAUUCCUGUAUCAGAGCGCAAGGCUGAGGCACCUGUCACGCCCAUUAACCAACUGGACAAAUCGGAACGGAAGGCACGCAAAAAGCGAGAGAAGGCUGCUGCUGCUAUUGCCGCCGCCGCGGCUGCCGAGAAGCAAUCCGGUGAUAACACUCAAUCUUACGCAAGCUCGCAUUCACCUCGUAUCAUCCCAACAUCUAAAAGCAUGGAACCAAAACCUGCUUCUGCUCUUACCCAAUCUACAAUGGCGCCCGAAGCACUUGAGGCCGCUUUCAAGCAGUUGGAGCGCAACCUCGGUGGCGUUAUUGAGAAGACCCUCCAGGAGCAGCGCUCGAUGAUUGACGCGGAGUUCCGAAGCCGCGACGCCGCUUUCAGAGAAGGCCAAAUGAUGUUGCUGGAUUCUGUAUCGUCUACCCUAGACGGCAAUGUCCAGAAGCUCUUGACUAAAACCAUCAGUAACACAGUUGAGAACAACGUCAUUCCCCAGCUGGGCGACGUCCUUACCCGCACGGUUUCUGAGCAAUUGGGCCGCGUCGUCUCAGAUCAGAUCGACAGUAAGAUCAGCGGUCGCAUCUCGCAUGCGAUUCAGAACCAGAUGCAGAAGCUGCUGCCUGCUGCGGUUGCCCAAGCUCUACAGAAGCCCGAAUUAUCGCAAGCGAUUACUGACAAGAUCGUCAAGAACCUGGCUUCCAAUGUCGAGACUAGAUUCCUCGACGCUCUGCACAAUACCGUUACGCCGGCUUUCACUCAGUUGGCAGUCGCAGCUGCCGGCAACAUCGCCAACGACGUGCAACGACAAGCUACCGAGCAGAUCGACGAUCUGGAGCAGAAGCUGCGAGCCGAUAGCAACAAGAUCGACCAGCUCACUGCUCUAGUCACUAGACUCUCUGACACCGUGACUUCCAUGGCGGCCACGCAAGCACGCUUCCAAGAUAGUUUCCUUAAAUUGCAGCAAUAUACGCCCCGGGAUCGUCAGCCAUCGGAAACCAUCAGCCAAGCUCAGUACUCGCAAACUUCUCAAGGACAGUCGUACGGCGGCCGUUCCCAGCAGAACCAGUCGUAUGACAGUCCCUCUACGCACUCGAACAACCAGCUAGUCGCAUAUCCAUCCAGUGUGGGAAGCAGCAGGGACCUUGAAUUUGACCGCAAGGUCGCUGAAAUCCAAGCUCAGGUUGAGGGCGGACAACUCGAGGGCGCCCUUGUCAAGUGGCUUCAAUCCGACCGCAAGGAUGAGAUCUUUAAGGCCUACCUUGUAAAGCUCAAUCCUCAACUUCUAAGCGAACUGUCUCCGUUGGUAUCACUUGCGGCAAUCGCGGAGAUUGCCCGCGAGCUUGAUGGAAACCUCCUCAGAGAGAAGAUUGGCUGGAUGGAAGUAAUCGUUCACAGUAUCCACAACUCCCUGCCUCGCAUUGAACCCCAAGUCCGCGAGGUCAUCCCUAACAUUCUGAGUGGUUUCAUUUCCCAGAUCGAGCAUUUGUUCAUGCGCGUUAGCAAUGUCUCACCUUCUGAGCCUAUCUUGAAGCAUCUAUCGGGAAUGGUCGCCAUGGCCAACCGGGUUGUGGAAGUUGCGCGCAAGCCCAACUUGGGCGGCUACUAA